AUGGCUAUACCGAACGAGAAAUUGCAGCAGCUGCUGCAAGAGAUUUCGGCCAAAGCACAAUUCGCAGAGCAACAACUAGGCAUCGUGCGAACGCAGAUGGCUACCAAGAACCGCGAGAGUCGCAUGCUGCAGCUAUCAACUACGGAGAUGAACGCGCUGCCGAAAGACACGCCUGUCUAUGAUGGUGUGGGAAAGAUGUUUGUAAUGACUUCCAUUGACGAUGUCAAGACACGACAAGCCAAAGAAGGCGAAGACAUCAAAAAGGAACUCAGCAAUUUGGAGAAGAAGCUGCACUACCUGGACACGACGUACAAGAACAGCCAGGAGCACAUGGAGCAAAUUCUCAAGCGAGGCGGGUGA